CUCUUAUCACGAUUCCUACAAUCUUUCUCCUCUGGAAUAUAUAAAUCCAUGUGAAGUGUCCCUCCUUGCAGUAUUUACUCCUCUGUCAUCUGUUCUUGUUCCCGUCCUGUCACAUCAUGCCGGCUAAUUACAAUGGAACCUGGGUCAUGGAGAAGAAUGAUAACUUUGACGGCUAUAUGAAGGCACUAGGUACUGUUUAAUACAUAUGCUACAAAAUAGAUUGUUGUUAAAACCCUUAACUUGCUGCUGGUUCUCUGACAUGCAAAGCAAAGAGCAAGACUGUAUAGCAGUGGUAGUCAACCUUUUUCCACUUACCGCCCACUAAUGCAUCUUUCUUGAUGGAAAAAUUUCCUUACCGCCCACCAGUUUUCGCGCAAGCGCGGAAUAUUUUUUAGAAAGGAGGGUGUUUUAAAAAAUACAUAAAUGAACGUACAUUUAUCUUUUUAUUUCUACUUUAUGCAUGUUUAUAAUGUUUUUAACUUUAUAAAGUUUAAUGAGGAAGCAAUAAAGUAAAUUGAACUUACCUUUACUAGUGAUUAAUGAGAUCCUUGAGGUUGAUGCUGCGAGACUAAAUAUUUGAUAUCUGGUUCGAUUUUCAUAAGGAACAAACGAAGGUCUCCUCUUUCAGUGAUAAUCGGAAGACUUCUUUGUUUGCUCAUAAAAUGAUUUCUCAUCUGUGCGUCAGCUCCCCUCCUCUCCCUCCUCAAUUCCCCUUCCCACCUUUUUCCCCUUUUUUCUAUUUUUUAACCUUCCUUAUAGCAAUGCCCAGUAGGAAGGCUGAGCUAGGUAGCCCACUUACUAUUAUUAGUCAACAACAAUUCUCUCCUUUUCCUUUUCUUUCCUUCUCCUUUUUUACAAGUACUCUACUCCUUCUUUCCUCUAUACUAGAAGUACUCUACUCCUUCUUUCCCCUAUACUAGAAGUACUCUACUCCUUCUUUCCCCUAUACUAGAAGUACUCUACUCCUUCUUUCUCCUAUUCUACAAGUACUCUGCACCUUCUUUCUUCUAUUCUACAAGUACUCUGCUCACAGGCAAACACAUACACACACACACACACACACUCACAUUGAAACACAUACACACAAAUAUACACAUACUCACACAUGCACUUACAGACACUCACACAUGCACAGACAGACCCACAGACACACACACACUUACUGACUUACAGACAGACACAUACACUUACAGACAGACACAUACACUUACAGACAGACACAUACACUUACAGACAGACACAUACACUUACAGACACAGACACACACAUACACUUACAGACACACACAUACACUUACAGACACACACACAUACACUUACAGACACACACACAUACACUUACAGACACACACACAUACACACACACACACAUACACUUAGAGACAAACACAUGUACACACAAAUUAUUAAUAUUAAAUAUCCACCCAGCCUCCCUACCUGGAGAGCUGGUGUGGAUCUGUCCCUGGGGUCCAGUGGGGCUUCACUUAGGCGGGCGGCUAAUCAGACGCAGCGAGGGAGCUCUAACCUCUCUGCUCUGCUCCCUCGCGGACUGUCUACGGAUGCCGGGAGCCGGAAUAUGACAUCAUAUUCCGGCUCCCGCGGCAUCAGCAAACAUCGCGCGAGGGAGCAGAGCAGAGAGGUUAGAGCUCCCUCGCCGCGACUGAUUAGAACGCUGCCAUGCCGGGGGGUCCAGAAGGUGGCCUGGCAGGAGGGAGCGCUUCCUCCUGCCGGUCACUGAAGACUUGCGCAUGCAGAGCCGCUCGCGCCCGCCCAAAAGGAGAAAUCCUCUUAAAAAGAGGAUUUAGCCUCAGAAAUCCCUACCGCCCACCUGGAAUCCUAAAACGCCCACUAGUGGGCGGUAGGGACCAGGUUGACGACCCAUGCUGUAUAGUGUAGGAGCAGUGAGAAUGAACAUAUGACUACGAUUUUAUGGCUUGCCAUAUUUGCUGGACACAGCAGGCACUUGGAUUAAGGAAUCAGUCGCAACCAAGGUUGCACAGUGUAGAGCAGUGAGAAUAACAUGUGGCUAUGAUGUAUAAGCCAUGGCACACUAGUUGGGGACAAUUAUGUAAAGAAUGAGCACUCUGGCCCAAGCAAUCCUUGACUAUUCCUGUAGCUCAGUGUUGUAGGAGAUUGUGUUGAGUUUUGCUCAACUUUUGGAUGCAUUUUGCUACCAGGAAAGCUCUGUGGAGGGCAUCUGUGGGUUUUUUUUGUGUGAACAAUUAGUUUUACUUGUGUGAGAGAGCUGUUAGUAAAGCUGUGAGGAAAGUAUAUAGAAGAAACCACGGUUGCUUUGUUUGUGAAUAUUAAGCAGCAAUGAAAAACUGGGUGAUUCUUAAUACUAUUUGACGUACAAAAUGCACAUACUGAAUUUGUGUGUGAUUUGCAAGUUUUGUUGCUAAAUCUAUAUAGAGUUGGUAGUACAUGCAUCACAUGGUAAAAUCAGCUCACUGACUCAUUUGCCAUCCAUAUAUAUUGCCACAUGCCUACUUUUAAUUAUUUUGAGGAAAUCCUGGUGCUUUAACCACUAUACCUUAUUAUGAUCAUUGUGGAGACCGUUCCUUUUUUUUAGAUAACCAUUUUCAAGAUGACUGACAAAACCUAGCACCCAUGACAGUUUGGGACAUCAUCAUGUGUCAAAAUAUUUUUACCAGUAAGCAGGAUUUUGACACACUAAAUAAUAAUAAUACUAUUAUUGGGUAUACUAUUAAACUGUGACUAUAAUCUGUUUGCCAUGGUAAUGUAGUUUGAAUUUAAAAUUGAUAGUGUGUGGUGAUAUAGGGAAGUGAGGCAGAUGUCUCCUAUGGAGUGGUGUAAAUAAUUUCUUUAUUCUCGCUGGUGACAGCCAGACUAGCUCAAUGGUUACACACCAUCUGAGUGGGUGAGAAUCUGCCAGUAGUGGUCUAGUCAGUGCAGGUGUAGUUGUGGUUGAUGGGUAAUAGAAUGUCAGUGCCCAUGAUGCCAUAGGUCAUUAAUUAACCCCUUAAGGACACAACUUCUGGAAUAAAAGGGAAUCAUGACGGAAUAUUUCCGUCAUGUGUCCUUAAAGGGUUAAUGCUCCCUAAUGUGUAAGUAUAGCAGCAGAGUUUACGUCAACUGUACAGAUUUCCCAGUAAAAACAAUGAAAGGUCUUAUGCACCAAUAUUGAAAUGAAGUGCAUUGGGAAUUAUUUUUAGUCACUAAUAUUGACAUAAUAAUGAACAUGGAGCUGUCCUCCACUAUAUGAAAUAUUUUUCUUUCAGACAUUGAUUUUGCCACAAGAAAAAUCGCUGCCCACCUAACCCAGACUAAGGAACUAAUCCAGGAAGGGGACAACUUCAAAACCAAAACUACAAGCACAUUCAGGAACUAUGAGGUCAACUUCACAGUUGGGGUAGAGUUUGAAGAGAAGACCAAGGGACUGGAUGACCGCGUAGUUAAGGUACGUGAGCAAAUGGUCUAUAAACACAGAAACAGAAGUGGACAUUCAGUAAAGAUAAUUGAGCAAAUAUAUCUGUUUUAAAUACAAGUGCUAACAGCAGCUCUAAUACACAGCUAAUGAGCUCUGGGAAAAUAAAAAUAGUGAAGGUGAUCAUACAUUUUAAUGACAAAUGACAAACAAAAGUCUACUCUAAAACAAUAUACUCCCAAUCUGUAUGAUGUUGCAAGUGACUGAUAACUGAUAUCAUGUAUCUUUUGAUGCAGACUUUGGUGUCCUGGGAUGGAGACAAACUCAUCUGUGUCCAGAAAGGAGAGAAGAAUAACAGAGGCUGGAAACAUUGGAUUGAGGGGGACAAACUCUACUUGGUGAGAUAAUUAUUUAAAAAUGUGCAGUCUUAUGAUGCUGAAAAAGGACUGAAUGAAACUUCCUCAUAUUAAAAGAGAUCAUGUUUCAUCUUCAAAUUCUGGUUUUAUAUAUAAAGUAGAUUAAGCAUCUUUUAGCAAUAACACUUCCAGUAACCUACAGAGAUACAAAAUGUCACACACUGUGUUAAAAUAUUUCAGGACAGUGUGCUUGCUAUUGUUUUAAAGGACCACUAAAUGCACCCAGACCAUUUAAUUUCAAUAAAGGGUUCUAGGGGCAGUGGCUCUGUCAUUUUAACUAUUCGAUGGCAAGAUUUGUAGAAAGGGAAAUGUUUACCUUGAAGGCUAAAAUGGAUACUAUAGUACCAAGAAUACAAAGCUUCAUUCCUGGCACUAAAGCUCCCUCUGUCUCCCCCCUCUUUUGUGCCCCCCCACCCCACCCCACUGAAUAAGGGGUUAAAAACCCUUUAUUUACUAAUCUGAUCCCAGCACCGAUGUUCCUCGACGCUGGGUUGCGGUUCAGCAUCCUCAGAGUGCCGCAUGCGCAUUAGGCCUCCCCAUUGGAAAGCAAUGAAUCAAUGCUUUCCCAUGGAGAAAUAGCUGAUGUUGGAUGUCCUUAUGAAGAACGUGAGGAUGUCCAGCGUCAGUUAGUGGACCAAAAGUCUGUUAACAUCCAGGAAGCGCUUCUACAGACUUAGUGCUGCAAUGUAAACACUGCAGUUUCUUUGGAAGUGCAAUGUUUUACAUUACAGCGCUAAGUUCAUUAGGGAGACUGAACCCAGACCACUUCAAUGAGCUGAAGUGGUCUGGAUACUUAUAGUGUCCCUUUGAACACACCCUUAGCAGCUGUCAAACUGCUAGCCACUAGAGGCAUUUCCUCUAGUGUCAUGUGAAGUCUAUAAGGACAUUAUCGAAUUCAACGCCUUCCUCUUCAAUGUUCCUUCAUGAGCAGCUUUGGAUUGGACCAAAACCCUGGAGCAUGUGUCAGUGCCAAGGGAGUUUUGGUACUGGAGAAAAGGUAAGUAGAAGGACUUUUUUUUAGCUUUUUACUGCAAAAGGGGGUUGUGCUAAAACCAAUCAGACACUAGGACACUAUAGCGUUAUGUGUUAGGUUUGUAUUCCUAACUCUAUAAUGUUCCUUUAAACUGUUCAGGAUAUGCAAUAUAAAGCAGAUCACAGACUUUCAAUUGUGUAGUGUGUGAUAAUCACUGAUUUUAGGCCCUGUAGACACGUCUACUGAUUAUUCUGCAUGUCAUUAGUGACCGCCAUAAUAUCCCUUUUGUUGCAGCAAUGCAGAGAAAUGAUUAGUAACACAGAGAUCAUGUACAAGACGAGGAUAACGGCAUCAUUAGCUCAUAAUUUCUUAUAGAUACCAAUUAUUUGGGGUUGUGUGUGCCAAGUGUGUAUAAAAGUCGCCAUUGUAAUAAGUGAAAAAAAGCAGUAAAUCCUGGAAAACUAGGUCACUAAAGUUUAAUUUACUAAUUCAGGGAAGGGGUUUAAGCUGGAAAAUUAGCAAAGUUUGUAAAAUAGCUGAGCUGAAGCAUUAUUUCUAGUUAUUCUGGCCUAAAAUGUAUCAUUCGUGUCAGUUCCCCACCCGUCCCAUUAUAGUAAAUAAAUCUCAUUAAUGCAUGAUGUGUGGAAACAUAGUAAAUGAGGAUUAUCAGUGUUGGAACUCUGCCAUGUUCUAAGAUUUCAUAUAAUAAUAUGUGAAAUAUGCAUCACACACACACACACACACACAGGGGAUUCUGUUGCCCCGGCAACUGGAGUUAAGCUAUUUACUGCCAGUGGAACAGUGUAAUAUAUCAGCUAUGGAUAGACAGAUUAGUUGAUAUAUUGCUCAAUAUAUUGAUUUAAACUGCAUUCCCCAUGCAUUACACAUUAGAAGCAUCAACUAUAUUCCCAUACAUUAUACUGUAUACUUUGCGCUCAUUUAGACAGGUUGCCAUGGCAACACAUAUAUAUACUCAGUAGGUGUGUAACCACAGCAGUAAUAUUUGUAAAUGCCCGUAACAGGUGCAAGGACAACCCCAAAUGUAUUAGUAUUUUUUUCUAUUACAAUUCGGGGUUUUUUCCAUGUGUCAUUUUCUAGCUAUGUUCCUAUUCAUGUCUAAUAAGAAAACAAAGUUGUAAUGCCCCUUUUCUCAUUUCUCCCCUUAUUUUAAUUUUAUAUAUAUAUUUAAAAAAAACUCAAAAAUGCAUGACUCCUCCCAGCAACAAAACAUAACAUCAGUAAAAUCCAAUACAUUAUAUACACAUAUCUGAAAUUGCCAUAAUGUUGAUAUUUCAUAUAAAUUCGAUUUCUAUUAAGCCAUUACCAAUUCACAAAGAUAUCCCUGCAUUAAUAUAGCUUUUAAGGCACUGUUAUCUUAGCCACUAGUGCAAAGGGAGUAUUCACUAAAAUAUAAUAUCCUUAGCCUGUAUGUACAGUUCAAAAGUUCAAAAGUCCAGAGUGUGUAAGUACCAGCUAAUACGUACCAGCUGAAACUUCCUCAUACUGCUGUACAGAAACAAAUGGAGGUCGGGCUGCAGAAGUGCCUUGAGCCAGAGUCACAACUUUGGGGGUUAAACUAUUGCCAAACAUAGAUGUUGAUGUUCCAGCUGCCAUAGAAAUGUAUAUGAAUUUAAAGGGACACUCCGCUGCCCCCCUCCCCCACUCCACCCCCCAAAAAAAUAAAUAAAUAAAAAUCUCUGCAUCAAAUGCAUUUUUUUUUAAAUCUGGUUAAAUCUAUAUUGGGCAUAUCUAAAACUAGCUUCUGAAAGUCGUAGAUAUCUUGUCUGCAGCCUUUGCAAGCCCUCCCCUUCUUCCUCAGCGAAGACUUGCUAUGACUGUCCAAUCACACACUUCCCAAUGCAACUCAGUGAGAAGUCUUUGUAAGUCAGGUGCUCUGAGCAAUUGCCUGUCUUUUAAAUUUAGCUCCAGUAAACUAAACAACCAGGAAGUAGCAGGAUCAGUUGUCUGAUUGACAGCCAGAGGAAUGUAAUAAGGUGGAGUGUUCCUUUAAUCAUUCAUAAGAGCAAAAUCCCAUUAAACAGUUGGUUAUUUUGGUAAUGUAUAAGUUAAUAUAACUAAAUGUGAUAUAGCCGCACUAAUGUGACAGCUACUGUUUUUACAAGAAUAUUGUGAUAACAUGCAUGUUACUUUAUAAAUAAAAAACAUAUGUUAAAAGGACACCAGUAAAGAUCACAAUGUUAUUUGUUGUUUUAGGAACUGACGUGUGAAAAUGAAGUAUGUCUUCAAGUUUUCAAGAAGAAAAACUAAAAAGCCUGAAAACUGAAAUUUUUGGAUAGAUAACGCUAGUUUGCUUUGUAAAAAGCAGGAACAUCUGAUACAUUUCUAUGUAUAUUUUCUUUGUAAUGAACAAUAAACUUUAUACUGAAAGUGUUUGCAAACCA